GCAGGGGCAGUCUUCAGCCAGCACCGGUCUUCUUUCCUGGUUCAGACACGACAGGAGGCGGUCGGGCCGCUCGGGCGGGAGGAGGAGGAGCCUGCCUGGACUGGAGGAGAAUGAAGACUUUGGUGGCUUUGGUUUUGUUGGGGUCGUUGGGUCUGGCUCGGUGCUGCAGCCCUAAACCUGGAGCCACUAAUAUCGCCAGAAGUGGGGAAGCCUCGCAGAGUUCCACCUACCAGGGCGCUACGCCUAUAGGUUACGCCAACAAGGCCAUUGAUGGUGGGAAAGACCUGAACUGGUAUCACGGCUUCUGUAGCCACACGAAUGCGGAGCCGUCGCCCUGGUGGAAGGUGGACCUGAAACAGAAAUACAAAGUGAACGUCGUUGUGGUCACCGGCCGGACGGACUGCUGUAUGGAACGGAUGAAGGGCGCCGAGGUCCGAAUUGGAAAUUCUCCGGACAAUAACAACCCGGUGUGCGGUAAGAUCACCAGCGUUUCUGACCCUGUGACAACGUUGUGCUGUAACGGGAUGGAGGGUCAAUACGUCAGCGUGGUGAUCCCGGGGCGCAGCGAUUUUCUGCACCUGUGCGAGGUGGAGGUCUACGGUGACCCCGUGACUCAGGAAGAGUCAAAGGUAAAACUCUGCUGGUAAACCUCAGAAGAAGAUAACAGAAGGAAUAUUCAAGGUCAUCAACAAAUUUCAUGUCUCGAAAAAAACAUAUCCUUAAGACCCCUGAAAAAAAUGACAGAUCUAUGUUUUCCCAUCCAGGUGUGGCAAGGGUCAGGUGGGUUCUGUCAAAGGGCAAUGUCUGUGUUCAUUGGCCAAGCCCCUGAUUGGUUGUGUGUGAACAUGUUGGGGUUGGUGCGCAGGAUGUGGCAACAACAUCCCAAAUUGGUCCAAAGUUAUGAGCCGUGAAAUGCUUACAAAAAAAAAUACUGACCUGCUCAAAUUUGACAAAAUUGCAAAAAACGCCACCAGCCUGUAGUACCGACCCUAAUAUUCCUCUACCCUGUUGCCUGUGGUACCAACCCUAAGGCUCCUCCAGCCUCUCGCCUGUGUUAUCAACCCUGAGACACCUCCAGCCUCUCACCUGUGGUACCAACCCUGAGACUCCUCCAGGCUCUCGCCUGUGUUACCAGCCCUGAGACUCCUUCAGUCUCUCACCUGUAGUAUCAACCCUGAGACUCCUCCAGGCUCUCGCCUGUGUUACAAACCCUGAGAUACCUCCAGCUCUUCACCUGUGGUACCAACCCUGAGACUCCUCCAGCUUGUCGCCUGUGUUACCAACCCUGAGACUCCUCCAGAAUCUUGCCUGUGGUACCAGCCCUGAGGCUCCUCCAGCCUUUCACCUGUAUUACCAACCCUGAGAUUCCUCCAGGCUCUCGCCUGUGUUAUCAACCCUGAGACUCCUCCAGCUCUUCACCUGUGGUACCAACCCUGAGACUCCUCCAGCUCUUCACCUGUGGUACCAACCCUGAGACUCCUCCAGCCUGUCGCCUGUUUUACCAAACCUGAGACAUCUCCAGCCUCUUGCCUGUGUUACCAGCCCUGACAUCCCUCCAGGUGUUGGCCUUGCCUGGUUGAUUGUAGAGUUUUCCUUUUGUUGGGAGGUGUGGGAUUUUAUCUGAAAUAUUACUGAAUGUAUCAGAAGUUGCUGAAAAAAAAAGUAAAAUAAAAAGUAUUUGCAGA